AUGGCCCCGACCGCAACCUGUUCCUGGGCCCCUUCAGCUCCCCCCCCGUCGUACCUCACCGGCGAGUACCCCGGCGACUACGGCUGGGACACCGCGGGUCUGUCCGCUGACCCCGAGACCUUCGCCAAGAAUCGCGAGCUGGAGGUGAUCCACGCCCGGUGGGCUCUUCUCGGUGCGCUCGGCUGCCUCACCCCCGAGCUCCUCGCUGGCAACGGCAUGAACUUCGGCGAGGCCGUGUGGUUCAAGGCCGGCGCUCAGAUCUUCUCGGAGGGUGGCCUUGACUACCUCGGCAACCCCAGCCUGAUCCACGCCCAGUCCAUCCUGGCCAUCUGGGCCACCCAGGUCAUCUUGAUGGGUGCCGUUGAGAGCUACCGCGUGGGUGGCCUCGAGGGCUUCCAAGAGGUUGAGGACCCCUCUGUGAAGGAGCUGAAGAACGGCCGCCUCGCCAUGGUGUCCAUGUUUGGCUUCUUCGUCCAGGCUAUUGUUACCGGAAAGGGUCCCCUUGAGAACCUGUCCGACCACCUGGCUGACCCCAACGUGAACAAUGCGUGGGCCUAUGCCACCAACUUCACCCCCGGUGCUUAA